CGACAACAUUGGAUUUGUAUUGUGAAUUUAAAUACAAAAAGUCUGAAAAACGCUCUUAAAUAUAUUGUUUUGGACAGUCUGCGAUACAGUAGUACAGAUACAUCAUGCCUGGUUGCUCAAUAUUGGGGUGUCGUGCCUACAAAAGGACACAUCUUCCUAAUCUAACCAUGCACAGGCUUCCCAAAAAGGACCGUCAGAAGUGGCUGGACAUAAUCGGGGUGGAAAAUAUAAAUUUGCAAUUUAAAGAGCCUCGUAUCUGCUCCCUACACUUUGAUGAUAAAUCGUUUAAUAGAACCCUUGAUGUAAUAAGGCUACGUGACGAGGCAUUACCAUCUUCAGACCUAAUACCCAAAGCGGAGUUAAGUAUGGGGGCUAAAACAUCUGAACAGGUAAACAAAUCACGUUCUACGGUAAAAUGUGACGUUUGCGGACGAAGAUUCAUGAACCUCCAAGCGUUGAUUUCGCAUAAGAAAUUUUUACAUACAAGACCUGAUACAGCGAGACGGGCAGCGUUGAAAAAGCAAGAAAAUGCUAGACUAACUAAGAAGGUUAUUCCCAUAAACAUGUUGAAAAGAGUGAAUCCGCCAACGCCGGCUAAACAAGCGGCAAAAUCUCCCGUCGAUCAGACUCGGAAUUUAGCGGGAAAAGAUACUGAUCAGCCUAAAAAGCCUCAUUUCGAGUGUCCUGUAUGUUUCAAAAAGUUUCCUGUUUAUUUUACUGCGUUCAGACAUAUUCAGAAGAAUGCGUCUUGCUGUAUCGACGAGAAAGGAGCUAAAGUGUCACCUAACUCAACUAGUCUAGUUAAACCAAUACGCAUAGAAAUCUGCUCAACCUGCAAAGAUGAGACACGGUCCACAGAACCACACGACUGUCCAAAGUCACCAAGUAGUAUGGAUCAAUACGAAUGCUUGGGAUGUAAACAGGUGUUCAAUGGAUUACUGUUGUACCAGCAUCACGUAAAGGGAUUGCAUUCAGAUGGAGCACAGAAUUAUUUCUUUCCUGGUCAUCAAGAAUUCACAUCAUGGAAGAAGAGUCUACAAGAACAAUCGAAAGUCGAAUACACGCGGCUUAACCGACAGAAAACAAAAGAAGUGUACCAUUGUUCGCACCAACCAGCCGGAGUGACAGACAACACACAACUAUGUCCUUCAAUGAUCAUCGCCCGAGCAUACAGCAAAGGAGUACAUGUAUCCUACCUAACAGAACAUCAAGGGCAUACCGUAGACAGCUCACCAAUAAAAAAAUACUCUGAAUACGCAAUAUCGUUAUACCUAAGAGAUCUUGAAGAUUUGAAAGAAUCAACAGAAGAUUCUGACCUUUAUUCUCAGUUUAAAAAUAUUAUCAUGUCCGUAGCACAUGGGGCGGCCAAAGCAGACAUGUCCACUUUAAAAGAACUAAUAGAAAAAGCUCUAGAAAUGACUGCUCUAUUAAAAAACUUAAAUAAAAACGAUCAUAACGUUUCUACGGUCAAGAAAAAGUUGUCAGAUGCCCAAAUUUCAAAGACUUUAGAUAGUUUGCAAACGAAAACAGGGAAACGCAAGCAGAGUGUUGAAGUAAAAGAGACUAAGAGAGAUGUAGCUAAAAGAAUCAAAAGGAACUCUGUAGCUAUUGAAGAUACAGUUGAAAAUAAUAUAGCAACAAAAUCUAAAGCUACUCCGAUAGCUAAAUCAGUAACAUUUAGAAGUGAAACGGUGAGCGACUCAGAAUUAUCUCAGGAUGGAGCAGAAGAUACAUUGGAAACAAUGACAGAAUCAAUCAAAGAGGUACAUAAAACUAUAAAGAAAACAGACAAUGCGUUAGAAACAUCCACUGUUACAAAAGUUAAAGAUGACAGUAAAAAAAAUAAGCUUCAAUCCCCAUCUUUCAAUGAUACAUACAUGAACUUUGUUGACCAGAACUUUAAAUGUAAACUAGGAUCUAGUACACCUAAAGUGAGACCUCCGAUAAAGAAAAAAGAAAUUAUGAAGACCAAAAUUGGACAAUUUAAGGUCAAAAGUCUGUCUCCGAAAGAACCUGGAUCACCCAAAUCGCCGAAACAAACGAAAACAAUUGAAGUAAAGGAAAUAACAACACCUAAGAAUUGGACGACAAAAGAUAUAAAAUAUGAAGUUAAAGAACAGGAAAAUGAUUAUAAUAUACUUAUAUUGAAGAUUUGAAUUGGCUCCGAGGACAUAGCUUAGACGGACGAUGUUGUAAAAGUCGUGAGUAUACUUUCAAAAUGGAGGAUUAAGCUGCCUUUUUUUUUGUGUGUGAAAAUCAAAUCAUCAAAUGACUUUUUUCCCCCACGGUUAGGCGAGAGAGUGUCAGACUCUUACUGACUAAACUCUCCUGCGUUAGGUCGAGGCUGCUGUACUUUAUAAGCAGUCCUGGUAGAACAUUAUCCCUGUCUCUGGCGGACUAAGGAGGCCUAUGCUCACGCAAUAGAUUUCUUCUAGCUAAUGAUGAUGAUGAAAUAGAAUCUGCCUACUCAAAGAGUACUUUGGAUGCAAGUCACUCUCAACCGGUCCAUCUAAAAGUCAUAUGGGAAGGGUCUUUGUGAGGUUUUGGACAUCUUGCUUGUGAUAUGAUGGUGUCAAAAAUGUAUUCCUAAUACCUAAAUAUGGUCCUCUCAAGCCCUGCUUUCUCCAAGGAUAAAAUAGUGCAUAGCUACACCGUUUUUUAAGUCUCUAUAAAUGAAAUUUGAAAAUCAACAAGUCUUCCAUAAUCAUAUUUUAUUGGUCAUUGAAGGUCUCAGAUUUUCAGUUAUUAAAUACUUAAUUUAUAUUUAAAAAAAU